AUGUUCGAAUUGUUUUUAUAUAGAAUAAAAUAUAUUACAAGAGAUUUAGAAAAUAAAUAUGAAGACUUUCGUGAAAUGAUCUAUGAAGCUCUAGAAUACUUGGAGACGCGCCCGCCAAGAUACAUGAUUUGGCAUGUAUUCCCGAUCGAUAUUAAUUUAGUCACAGGAUUAAUAGAGCUAUGUACAACAUAUAUCAUUAUUCUUUUGCAAUUUCGAUAUUAA